AUUUACUCUGGAUGAAGAUAAAAAAAUAUUGAAACACGUGGAAGAGUACGGCACUAAUAAAUGGGCACUUCUAGUGAAAAUGUUAGAUAGAUGCAGUAAUCAAGCCAGACAAAGAUACCGCACGCUAACUGCUUUCUUCAAAGAAAACCCGGACAAAACAAUCGAAGACGCACCCAGAAGACGAUUUUACAAUUUCGCUUUCGACAAAGAGUACGAUUUUGUAAGGCUCAUGGCAGAUAAAUUUAAGAACUCUCCGAACAUACCGUCUCUGCACGAAAUAGAAAAUCUUUUAUUAGAAAAUCCGAAACCAAAAUUAAAUGCUAUCUCUAAAAUGAGUCCGAGACGAAAGAGGAACAUUAUUCUAGUUAGAGAUGACUCUGAGGAGGCGGACAUCGAUAAUUUUUUGACGGAAUACUUCUCAGACAAAUUGACAGUUCCUGCCAAAAAAACAAUUCAAGACGACACAGAUUAUAUUACAUUUGCUAAAGAUGCAGUUAUGGACGCCUUAUCAGUACUACAAGCUGAGCUGCACAUACCUAUCCAUUUUAACAAAAAUCCAAAGCUGGAUGAAACCGAUAUUAGUAUUUUAAAUGCUGUGAUUUUAAAUGCCUCUUUUAAUAAAAAGAGUAAGCACUAUGUAUUAAACAGAGCUAGCUUAAAUAUAGACAGGCUGAUUUCACCUAAUCUGUAUACUGCCACAGGUAUUCGUAAUCUACUACUUAAUGAAGAAAAAUUUAGAACAAAUAUGAAGAGAGCUCAUAUUUUUGAGCAUUUAAGGGGCUCAAAAACUCAAAGUCAAGUGCAGUGGUGCAUUAAUACUUAUCUUUCCAAUUUGGAGGAAGCUGAUAAAAACGAAGUUUUAGCCGAGAGGACGUUGUUCUUUAAGCGAUUCGUUUCUCUUUUUAAGUUCCCGGCAAUUAUGACGCUACAGAAACCGUCAGACAAUAUCUUGAAGAAAUCUAAAGUGUGGAAAGCAGAUAUGGAAUUGAAAGUUCGUACGUACAAAAGAAACCCCAGCAAAGCGUAUUUAAUUCCAGAAAAAGUCCAGCUGUAUCUCAACCUAGCUGUAGUAAGGACGUAUUGGCUCCGAUACCGGCAAAACGCCUUAAAUUGGAAAGUCAUUUAGGUUUGACGUAUGUUGAAAGUGAUCCCGAUGAUCCCGAAGUGCCUGAAUCUAAUACCGGAAAACACGAAGUUCCAAGUCCUUCAAAGAUCACAGCGCUUACCGCAAGUCCAGAGAAACCACAAACUAGUCCGUCCCAAUGCCCUUUAAGAUCAAAAA